AUGAUCAUAGGACCUAUUGGAGGUUUCAAGGAGAGAGUCAUAUACUCAGUUUUGCUGUCGAGUCGCCACGGCGACCCAGGCUUCGUCUUCCCCUACAGUCACCUCACCCGGUUACUGCCCAGUUACUGCCGCGCGGCCGCCUACAUCAUGCAAUCCAUCAACUUCCUUCUGGCCGCCUUGGCAGUGUGGCUGGUCGUGCGUGCAGAGUUGGAGGGCGCCUGGUGCUACGACUCCCAAGACCCAAAGUGUGGCCCCACCCACUGGCAGGAGAUGGCCUCUGCCUGUGGGGGCCCAGCCCAGUCCCCCAUCAACAUCGACCUUCACUUGGUCCAGCGAGACCCUACCCUCGGGCCUUUCAUCUUCCAAGGCUACGACUCUGCACCCCCAGGUCCCUGGACUCUGGAGAAUAAUGGCCAUACAGCGCUCCUGCACGUGGACACUGGCCUGCAGGGCCGUCUGGAGAUGCGUGGCGCCGGGCUGCCGCCACCGUCCUACCGCGCGCUGCAGCUGCACUUUCACUGGGGGACGCCAGCGAGCGCAGGCUCGGAGCACAGCCUGGACGGGCAGCGCAGCUCCAUGGAGAUGCACGUGGUCCACAUGAACACGCGUUACCGGAGCAUGCAGGAGGCGCUGGGUCACCCUGAUGGACUCGCCGUGCUGGCAGUGCUGUUGACAGAGCAGGAUGCUGACAAUGCCAACUUCUCGGUCCUGGUGUCUGGUCUGAAGAACGUGUCUGGACUCGGGCUUUCGGCAAAACUGGCGUCCACCUUCCCCCUGGCCUCGGUGCUGCCCUCCUCCGCUGACCUGGCGCCUUACUACCGCUACCCAGGGUCACUGACAACUCCUGGCUGCCAGCCCGCAGUGCUCUGGACUGUCUUCGAGGACCCGGUGGCCAUUGGGCGUGCACAGGUGGUCCAGUUCCAGACUCUGCUUCAGGCGGGGUCCCAGCCUGUACCGCUGACCAACAACUUCCGUCCUCAACAGCCCCUCAGGGGCCGCAGGGUCGUGGCCUCUCCUGGCGCCUCAGUCCGCUCUGCGGCCAGAGCAAGCAUGGGGCCGGCCCCCUUGGUCGCCGCCCUGCUGGGCCUGGAGCUCAGCCAACAGCUCUGGCAGGGGCUCUAG